UGGAGAGAAAGAGAGAGAGAGAAUGAGAGGCAGAUUUCGUGUCACAUUUCUAAUAAUGAGGGAUAUGCCUGUCUGGUGAAAGAAUGCUGCUUUCCAAUCUGUUGAGGAUUUCCGGCCAGUGUCUGACCAAUCAGCUUUCUCCAUCUCAAUUACUUCCCAUCUGCCCCGAAGAAGUCUGCAGACAAUAUUGAACCAUGAGGAAAUAAGCUUAAUCAGGAGGACCCAAACAGGUUUCACAAAACAAGUUCCGGAUUAUAUUGGAUUUUGCUCUUUACUUUAUAUGGAGAACUUUCAUUUACAGCAGAAUGAAGUUAUCUCUGCUGUACGGUCUGUUAUUCAUGUCUGCCUGGGCCCUGAAUGCUGUCAAAUCUAAAGAUGACGUCGAAGAGUCUCAAAACGCAGUCUCCACUAAAACAGACACAUCUGGGACUAACACAUAUCGUGUUAGCAGCGCACUAAUGCAGUGUGGUGAAUACAGCAAUGAAGUGAUGCCAAACGGGCAGUGCCGUUUAAUAGCCACACUACCACAGCUGGAAGAGCAGAGAUGCCCUGAUAUGUUUCGAUGUACGGAUGAGGUUUCCUUCUGGCUGCAUGAGAAUGAGGAACGCAAACAGCAAAUGCAGGACCUAAAAGAAACCAUCUCAGAGCUUCAGGAGGAGCUGAGGAACCACAGGCAUCGCAUCAAGGUGCUGGAACUGCAGAGUGAAGAGAAAUACGACACAAACUCUUCUUUAGAGCAUCACUUGCACACACUGCAGCAAAUCUAUGAAGAAACGAAUACAGUGCUGCAGAUCCACGGAUCGCUCAUCUAUGACAUGCAAGCACAGAUCCGCAACCUAACACAGAUAGUGGAUCGCACACGGCGCAAUCCUGGCUGUAUGAUCAACAUCAUCCGCUCGAACAAGCUUCUCAGUGCUCAAGACACCCUUCACCCAGAGGGUCAACACAUAAGAAACUGCCCAAUCGACUGUGCAUCCCUAUACUACAAUGGAAUCCACAGAUCUGGUAUUUUACGCAAAUGGACAGAAUACAGGGACGGCUUUGGAGAUCUGCAUGCAGAAUUCUGGCUGGGAAACGACCACAUUCAUGCCAUCUCCAGCCAGGGAGAAUAUUCCCUUCGCAUUGACCUUGAGGACUGGAAUGGCAAGCACAAACAUGCACUGUACCAAAACUUCUGGGUGGAGAAUGUGGAAAACCACUACCGUCUCCAUGUGUCUGGGUUUAGUGGUACAUUUGAAGACUCGUUUGGUUGGUAUCACGACAAGCAAAGCUUCAGCACACCUGACACUGGUGACAUCUGUGCUGAGAUAUCUCACGGAGGCUGGUGGUACAAGCAGUGCUUCUUCGCACAUCUGAAUGGAGUUUAUUAUAAGUGGGGGCGCUAUUCUGCCAAAGGGAAGAAUCUUUUGGGGCCUGAUGGGAUUGUGUGGUACUCAUGGAAGGACUCAGAUUAUUACUCGCUGAAGAGAGUGAGCAUGAUGAUUCGCCCACGGACAUACAGGCCCCGCCUCUCUCCAUAACAUCACUUUAGGACAAGGUAAAACAAUAUUGAGGUGACGUCAUAGGGCCAUUGCUGAUUCUUAUGUCAAAGCAAUUGUGCAAACUGUAGUUAAAGUUUUAACUGCACAUUAAGAUUAAAAUAUCCACCUUUAUCAAUCAUUUUCAAAAUCCUUUUGCUUGAAGUACAAAAUUACUACAAUGUGAAUUCAAUAAAACGAUGUAAUACCAGGAUGUUUUUAUAAAACACAAUGAGUUAAUUCAGUG